AUGGUACAUGCAUUAUAUGAAGGUGUCCAUGAACGUUAUAGUACACCACUGGAUUCCCUUAAGGACUCCGGCCGUGGCCGCCGCCGCCGGGGGGAGGAGGGUCAUGAUCCAAAGGAACCAGAACAGUUGAGGAAACUGUUUAUUGGUGGUCUGAGUUUUGAAACCACAGAUGAUAGCUUAAGAGAACAUUUUGAGAAAUGGGGCACACUUACAGACUGUGUGGUAAUGAGAGAUCCCCAAACAAAACGUUCCAGGGGCUUUGGUUUUGUGACCUACUCUUGUGUUGAAGAGGUGGAUGCUGCAAUGUGUGCUCGGCCACACAAAGUUGAUGGGCGUGUGGUGGAACCAAAGAGAGCUGUUUCUAGAGAGGAUUCUGUAAAGCCUGGUGCCCAUUUAACAGUGAAGAAAAUCUUUGUUGGUGGUAUUAAAGAGGAUACAGAAGAGUAUAACCUGAGAGACUACUUUGAAAAGUAUGGCAAGAUUGAAACCAUAGAAGUUAUGGAAGACAGGCAGAGUGGGAAAAAGAGAGGAUUUGCUUUUGUGACUUUUGAUGACCAUGACACAGUUGAUAAAAUUGUUGUUCAGAAAUACCACACUAUUAAUGGGCAUAAUUGUGAAGUGAAAAAGGCCCUUUCUAAACAAGAGAUGCAGUCUGCUGGAUCACAGAGAGGCCGUGGAGGUGGAUCUGGCAAUUUUAUGGGUCGUGGAGGAAACUUUGGAGGUGGUGGAGGUAAUUUUGGUCGUGGUGGAAACUUUGGUGGAAGAGGAGGCUAUGGUGGUGGAGGUGGUGGCAGCAGAGGUAGUUAUGGAGGUGGUGAUGGUGGAUAUAAUGGAUUUGGAGGGGAUGGUGGCAACUACGGUGGUGGUCCUGGCUACAGCAGUAGAGGAGGCUAUGGUGGUGGUGGACCAGGCUAUGGAAACCAGGGUGGUGGAUACGGUGGUGGAGGAGGAGGAGGAUAUGACGGUUACAAUGAAGGAGGAAAUUUUGGUGGAGGUAACUAUGGUGGUGGGAACUAUAAUGACUUUGGAAAUUAUAGUGGACAACAGCAAUCAAAUUAUGGACCCAUGAAAGGGGGCAGUUUUGGUGGAAGAAGCUCAGGCAGUCCCUAUGGUGGUGGCUAUGGAUCAGGUGGUGGAAGUGGUGGAUAUGGUAGCAGAAGGUUUUAAAAAAACAGCAGAAAAGGGCUACAGUUCUUAGCAGGAGAGAGAGCGAGGAGUUGUCAGGAAAGCUGCAGGUUACUUUGAGACAGUCGUCCUAAAUGCAUUAGAGGAACUGUAAAAAUCUGCCACAGAAGGAGCGAUGAUCCAUAGUCAGAAAAGUUACCGCAGCUUAAACAGGAGGCCCUUCUUGUUCAGGACUGUCAGAGCCACAGUUUGCAAAAAGUGCAGCUAUUGAUUAAUGCAAUGUAGUGUCAAUUAGAUGUACAUUCCUGAGGUCUUUUAUCUGUUGUAGCUUUGUCUUUCUUUUUCUUUUCUUUACAUCAGGUAUAUUGCCCUGUAAAUUGUGGUAGUGGUACCAGGAAUAAAAAAUUAAGGAAUUUUUAACUUUUCAAUAUUUGUGUAGUUCAGUUUUUCUACAUUUUAGUACAGAAACUUUAACAAAAAAUACGCAGUUUUGAAGGUGUUUCCUUGUGAGUUAACAAGUAAAGAAGAAGAUCAUUGUUAAUUACUAUUUUGUAUGAAUUUUGCUAAAGUUAACUGUAAAGAAACACCUACUGACUUGCAAUUUAAGGGGAAUCUAUUCUCCCCAUUUCCAAAACCAUGAUAAAUGGGCGCUGACAUGUGGAGAGAAUAGAUAUUUGUAUGUUUGCAAUGUGUGUUUUAGAUAAUUAGGAAUUGGGUAAUAAAAAAUAGCAUAUUUGUGAAUUAAAUAGCAUUAAGAUUACUUUCAAAUGAAAAAGAUCUCAAAAGUUCCUAUUUGGUUUUUGUGCAUUUUCUUUUCAAAAUGUAAUCAUGAUUUUAGUAUGUUAGAUUUAUUGAGUCCUAGCCGUGUUAAGAACAUCUCCAUUCCUCAUUUACCUUGAUCACAUUGAAAACUGCUGCCAAUAGUUUGGGGGGUAUAAAGUGUUUAUACUGCCCUCUACUAAAGGGUGGUGAAUGUAUUUCAUCUCCCAGUUUUAACAGUUCUAAUAAAGGACCACCAAGUCUGCUGUCUGAGCAAACUGGUGGAUACCUGGUUUGUCCUGCUUUUCAAGUUUAAAAUCCUAAAGCACACUGAUCUUAGUCCUUUCCUUGGUUUAGUUUCCCCCACACACAUUUUUUCAGAACAGAGGAAUAAAAAUCACUUGUUUGAACUCCUAA